AUGCUUAUAUCAAGAUUACAACAACAACAACAACCGGAUCAUCCACCUUCAGCUCAACAGCAGCUUCUACAUGAAGACAAGACAUUCUCAUGGUUUAUUUCUCGUGGUGGUGGCAAAAGAGAUGGUUAUGGGUCUACAGGAAUAAAAAAGGAACGUUCAAGAUGGCAACAUGCAGCAAGACAAGGAUCCCUUGCAGCUACAUUGCAGCUAGCUUAUCUUGAGGAUGCAAAGCAUGAUCCACAAACCACGGCAUGCCAACGUUGUGAUGCUGUUGCUGAACAUUACUUGACAGCUUUGGAACGCACCUAUCAUUCAGAAGGAGGAUUUGGAGGAGGUCCUGUGUUUUGUUCGGCUGAUUUGCUUGAGCUCGUUUCUCAAAUGUGCCAAAUGGUAUUGGAACAUGCUUUUUAUCAGCAAGAUUCCUGGUGGUUUCAUCCUCUUACCAAGACGCUAUGGGAUUUUGCCAAACAACUCAAGGAUGAAUCCAUUGGGUCCGAUCAUCAUGUUAUUACCACGCUUCAACCUGCAUCGGUCAUUGUGACAGAGGAUGAUAACGAUGAUGGUAUUGAUGAUGAGCAAGAAGCUUAUCGUCGCGCCAUCCGUAUCACGGUAUACCAUUGCCGAGCCCAUGUCUAUCAACGGCACCGAGAAUUAGAAAGAGCAGCCGUCUAUUUCCGAAAAUGUGUUGCUGUGCAUCGUCCCUCCUCCUCGUCCUUUGUGUUUGAAACACAACGUCUUUUACGUGAAUCUGCCAAAAUCUCUUUAAAGGAGCUUGCCUCUUCUUCAAGUAAUCAACAACACCACCAUCAACAACAACGUCGAGGCUCUAUAUCAAGUAAUGGAUCGGCUGCAUCAGCAUGUGCUCACUGUGGAAAGGAAAAGCGAGCCAUGCCGGUAUGUGCAAAAUGCCGUGCCAUGAGUUACUGCAGUAACCGCUGCUUAAUAGCUGAUAAACCCGUUCAUGACAAGCAAUGCCAUCGUAUCCAGAAAUGA